CGCUAGCGACAGAUAGCUGUAGACAUGCCAACUUGAAGAGGGGUAUAUUCGAGAUUUGAUGUAUGCUUGACCCUUCAGCAACACCAAUCGAAAACCUAUUUCGCUCCUCCCGGACACCGUAGCCUCACAACAAAGCAACAAUUUUCCUACUAACGUGACAAAACUUUAAUGGGGACGCCAGAGACUUCUCGCGAGCCUUGUCCGGAUCGUAUUUUGGAUGACAUCGGCGGCGCUUUUGGUAUGGGGGCAGUGGGCGGCUCUGCCUUCCACUUCAUAAAAGGCGUCUACAACUCCCCCAGCGGGGCCCGUCUCAUUGGUGGCACCCAAGCCGUGCGGAUGAACGCGCCUCGUGUGGGUGGAAGCUUCGCCGUUUGGGGUGGCCUGUUUUCUGCCUUCGAUUGCACGAUGGUAUAUGUACGCCAGAAGGAGGACCCCUGGAACUCUAUCUUUGCGGGCGCCGCCACCGGCGGCUUUCUCUCUAUGAGACAAGGGCUGGGCGCUUCGGCUCGCUCAGCUGUUUUUGGUGGGAUUCUCCUCGCUUUGAUUGAAGGAGCUGGAAUCAUGCUCAAUAAGGUAAUGAGUGCUCCACAGAACAUGCCUAUCAUGAUUGACGAAUCAGUACCUGCUAUGGCUGGUGGACCUGGAUUCCCUAUGGGUCUUCCAGGCCAGUCUCAGCCUCAACCCCAGCCAGUGCAAGAGACGGCAUCGGCGAGUGGAUCUGAGUCUGGUUCAUGGUUCGGUGGUUGGUUUGGUGGAGGGAAGAAGGAGCCGGCGGCAAGCAGCGGAAGUAAGACGGAGAUUUUGGAGAGUUUCGAUGCGCCACCAGUGCCAAAUUUUGAAUAUAAGUAAAAAAUUAAGGUCCAAUUAGAGGACCUCAAAUUAUUAUUAUUACUAUUAUUUUUACUAGUUUCGUUAUUAGGUGGUAUUGAUUUUCUAACUGGUGGGCCUUUGCAGAACCAAACAUGACCGAUCCUAUGAUUUUACUGUCUAAUUUUUCGUUUGCUCUUUUCUUUUCCAUUGAUUAGUUACAAAAUUAGCAACCAUCAAUGUAUAAUAAACUUCCACUGCAAUUUUGUAUGUAUGCAUUGAAUUGAUUGUUGGAUGGUUAAUGUUCUGGAGCCAAACAUGAUGAACCUUAUGAUUUUCCUGUCUAAAUUUCAUUUGCUCUUUUCUUUC